AUGGUUGCUGCAUCAAGCUUCUCGCUGGUGCCUUCCUCCCUCCAGAAUGAUCGAUUGGCGAGGGCUUCGUUGCAGUCUGCCUUCGCCUCUAGUUCCCCUCUGCGCCUCCGUGGAGGAGGACCGAGACCGAAGGUUAGCGUCCUCAAUGAUCUCCCAGUAUCCUUUCUGACAUUCCCCGAGGUCUUCUUUGACAUCACCAUCGGCGGCAAGUCGGAAGGCAGGAUUGUGAUGGAACUCUUCGCGGAUGUAGUGCCGAAGACUGCUGAGAACUUCCGCUCCCUGUGUACCGGAGAGAAAGGAAUGGGCAAGCUUGGCAAGGCUCUUCACUACAAGGGGAGCAAGUUCCACCGAGUGAUCUCCGGUUUCAUGUGCCAGGGUGGAGACUUCACCAGAGGCGACGGACGUGGAGGAGAGUCGAUCUAUGGUGAGAAGUUCGCCGACGAGAACCUCAACCACAAGUUCAAGCACUCUGGCCCGGGCAUUCUCUCCAUGGCCAACGCUGGGCCCGACACCAACGGAUCGCAGUUCUUCAUCACCACCGUGCCAACCCCUCACCUGGACGGACGUCAUUGCGUGUUCGGCAAGGUUGUGGACGGCAUGGACGUCGUUUCCAAGAUCGAGUCGAACCCCACCAGCCGAGGAGAUGCCCCGGUCAAGGAGGUUGUGAUUGCUGACUGCGGACAGAUCGAGUAG